UAGAAGGUGGGAAAUAAUUCUGUCAGAAAUGAUCUGUCUCCCCGAACUCAGCUGCCAGCCCAUGUCUAACAGCCUUAGCAUCAAGAACUAAGAUAUUUCAUAAUAAUCGUUAUAAUUUUGCACAGGAGGUGAGAUCAUCUGCACUCAUCUGUUUUUUGGACCUUUUAAUGCUACCUGAAAGGUGGCUCUCACUGCUUAGAACAGAUGGCAAACUUCUUAGUAUCCAUGGAAUGUUUGAAGCGAGUACCUCUGACCAGCAGUCUCCUGAUCCUCACCCACCUCCUCCUCUACCUGCAGCUUGGAAAGGCAGACUCAGAAGUCAAAGUGAUAGGGCCUGGGGAGUCUGUGCUGGCCCUUGUUGGAGAAGAGGUGGAGUUCUCAUGCCACUUGUCACAGUACAUGGACGUGGAACACAUGGAGAUCCGCUGGUUCUGGGGCCUGGCCUCGGAUGUGGUACAUCUAUACCAGGAUGGGCAGGAGCUCUUCGGAGAGCAGAUGGUGCAGUUCAAGAACAGGACCAAACUCUUCAGAGAUGAAAUGGCCACUGGAAGCGUGAUCCUACGGCUGCAUAAUGUGGUACCCUCUGACCAGGGUCUAUAUAGCUGUCGCUUCCUCUCCAGUAACUUCUCUGGUGAGGCCAUCUGGGAGCUGGAGGUAGCAGGACUGGGUUCAGACCCUCACAUCUCCCUUGAAGGCUUCAAGGAAGGAGGCAUUCAGCUGAGAUGUAGCUCCAGUGGCUGGUACCCAAAGCCUCAAGUUCAGUGGAGAGGCCAUCAGGGUCAGUGCUUACCUCCAGAGACUGAAGCCAUCGUCCAGGAUGUACAGGGCCUGUUCCGUCUGGAAACAUCUGUGGUUGUCCAGGGGAGAGCUCACAGGAGUGUGUCCUGCUCCAUCCAGAACCCCCUGCUGAUCCAGAAGAAAGAGUUUGUGGUCCAGAUAGCAGGUCAGUUGUAUGCUCACUCACCCUUAGUUGCAGUUUUGGAAGACGAACGAGUCCUGGCAAUGGGCGGCAGUGACAGUCGCACGAAUGCUGUGAAUGCAAUUAAUGUCACUGAAGCGCACUCCAAGAACGGUGAAGAUGAGGGCUGUCGUCGGCGGCGCCUGGAAAAGCUAAAGAACCAGACAGAGGAAGAGCAAGGAAAGCUGGCCUCGCAGCUCGAGAAGCUUCAGACAGAGCUGGAUUGGAGAAGGACUGAAGGCCAAGCUGGAGUUUGGUGCGAGUCCAGUGUUAUUUCUCUACACAAAUGGAAAGCAGCCCAACAGUAUGCAGUGAAUGUGACCUUGGAUCCGGAUACAGCCCACCCUAGCCUGGAGAUCUCCGAGGAUGGCAAGAGGGUGUCCUCCCGCCCAGGGCCACCGACCCCAGUAGCCAGCUAUCCGCGGCUUUCUGAGCAUAAGUGCGUGCUGGGCCGGGAGCGAUUCUCCUCUGGCCGCCACUACUGGGAGGUGCACGUGGGUCGCCGCAGCCGCUGGUUCCUGGGAGUAUGCCUGGCGGCAGCGCCACACUCAGAGCCCACAUGCCUCAGCCCAGCGGGUGGCUACUGGGUGCUGGGGCUGUGGAAUUGCGAGUACUUCGCGCUGGACCCGCACCGCGUGGCACUCACCCUGCGCGUGCCUCCCAGGCGCAUCGGCCUCCUGCUUGACUUUGAGGCGGGAACACUGUCCUUCUUCAACGUGUCAGAUGGCUCCCACAUCUUCACUUUCAGCGACAGCUUCUCAGGGACUCUCUGUGCGUAUUUCAGGCCCAGAGCCCAGGAUGGCAGUGAACACCCGGAUCCGCUGAUGAUCUGCUCAUUGCCAAUUAAAGAUACGUGCACCCUUGAAGAAAACAGCCCUUGAAGCUCUCAGACCCCACCCAGGUCCUGCAGUAGGCCUCUCCUGGACCUGGGACUGGGUCCUGGGAAAGUUAUUGGACACCCUGACUGUCCUGCUGCCCUUGGAGCCAACAGAUGUUCUGACCAGAAUGUCACCAAAGCCUAAACGCUCAGCCUAACCGAAAGAGGGCAGAGUACCUAUGUACAUGUAAUUUUUUUAAGGGAAAGAGGCAAUUCCAAAGCACAUUUAUGUAUACUGUAGGAUACAGCAAAUAAGUAAAAGUAUAUUGAUUGAUGUUGGGGUACAGAAGUGGGAAAUGAGAAACUGGAAUCCAGAAAACAGGGAAGAAACAUGAUUGGAUUAAAUUAGAAGUAUCAGUUAAUUUGUAUAGUUUCAUGCUUUUUGUAUGUAUCUACCAGCUUUGCAAAAGUUUAGAAGUAAUAGCAUCUCACAAACAAUGAGUUCAUCAUUGUUUGUGAUCCUACUUUUAAAUACUAUUUCCUACUAAAAUGAAAUUGGAGGAAUGAUUCCCAAGCUGGGGUAUAGGAAGUAUAAAGCAUAUACCAUCUUGUGCUAUAAAGUAAGACAAAACAAAACUGCUCAGAAACUAUGGGCAGAAAGUCUUAAAUUCAGGAGAUCUAGUGUACACCAUGGUGACUAUAGUUGAUAGCAAUGUGUUGUACACUUCAAAAUCACUGAAAGUAGAUUUUAAAUGUUUUACCACAAACAAGUAUGAAGCAGUCCAUAUAUUUCUUAGCUGAUUAGGCCAUUCUACAAUGUCUGCAUAUAUCAAAACAUCAUGUACAUCACAAAUAUAUACUUGUUAAUCAAAUAAAAUAA